GACAUGGCUAGUGUUAUGAGAGAGUAAGCAUGACAAGCGCUUGAGUAUUGUCAGUCACAAGCGCUUGAGUGGUUCACUCGUGCCACAGUAACUCUGAAGGCCUACAGCUGUCACUCCUUACUCAGACGACACCACCAGUACACACCUGAGUGUACACCAGUAUACACCUGAGUGUACAUCUGAGUGUACACCAACACCACCCGCCUCGCCCCUAUAGUAGAUACAUCCUAAUUGUGAUAAAUCCACUCUGCUUGGACAAAGUUGUGGGACCAAGUGCACGGUACUUUGCCAAGAUUACAACUCUGUGAAGAAACAAGUCUUGCACAAUUACAUUGACAAUGGCCUCAAUUAAAUUAUCCGAGAAGAGAGAGAGUUAUGAGAAAGAGGAGAGACGAGCGAUGAGCGGAGAGGAGGAUGCAGGGUACCAGGUGGAGCUCUUCGUGUAUGACCUGAGCCGCGGCCUGGCCAAGACUAUGUCUCCAGCACUACUAGGGAAGGAGAUAGAAGGCAUCUGGCACACUGGCGUCGUCGCUUAUGGCAGAGAAUAUUUCUUUGGUUCCGGCGGCAUCGAGUCCUGCAGACCUGGAGGGACCAUCCUGGGAGAGCCAGACCGCGUGGAGGAACUGGGGCUCUCACAGGUGCCGUACCAACUCUUCCUCGAGUAUAUCUUCGGCCUUGGUGAAGGUACCUACAGGCCCGGGGCGUAUGACCUGCUCAAGCACAACUGCAACAACUUCAGCGAGGAGGUGUGUCAGUUCCUGUGUGGCCGAGGUGUGCCCAAGCCCAUCCUCCAGCUCCCAGACGCUCUCCUCAACACUGCACUUGGAGAAACACUUAAGACACUUUUGAAGGACCUGGACAUCAAAUCAUCAGAUUCAAGAAAAGUUAACUUUGCCAAUUUCAACAACAACCUGCACAGCUACGUGCCCUCCGAGGUCACGUCCCGCCGCCACGACGACUCUCGCGAACUGGAAGAACUCAACAAUGCCAUCGACCAAGUCAGACUACAGGGAAUUAAACUUGAAGACCGCAGAAACUCUAUAAACGAAAAGGUUAUUAGGAAAGAGAAGAAAAAGAAAGAUAGGAAAGAAAAGAAAGAGAGGAAAGAGAGAAAAGAGAAAAAAAAGAAAUCAAUAUCUAGUGGAGAAUUAUCAGAGAAUAAGACAAAAAGGCAGAGUAUUGUUGAGACAAUAGAAGAGCAGCAGAACUCUCCCUGCUGUUCAGGGCUUCAGUCUGCUUCACACUCUCGUAAUAACUCUGAGGGCGAUACCCCGCCUGAUAUCUUGUUAGAUCCCUUGCAAGAGGUAACACAGACUCUCGACAAUAUUAAUACAACUUUAGCAUCAGUAGAGAAUUCCAGUAGCGGUGAAAUUGUUUCAACAGAGCCUGAAGCGUUUGAGCGCUUGCCGUCGCCGGCCAGCAGAGGCCCAACACCUCCAGCAGAGAGCAGGUUACCUGCCACAAACUCUCACCCAUCCACCGUAUUAACGACACAUAGUACAAUGGCGGACUCUACCCCUGAAGUAGAGUUAGAGGAAGUUGCACCUGCACCUCCUGAGGGCUCCAGUGAGCCUCCAAGAGAGUCUUCUCCCGUACAACCUGAGCCUGAGGUUGAACGUGAACCUCCAAUUGUCUUCAAAGAGGAACUGGAUAUACACGUAGAGUUUGAUGGACUGGUAGCUGCCUGUGCCCACCUCUUAAGCCCAGAAGAACAGGGCCACAUGGAAGAACUACGAGCAUAUGUUGUUGAAGACGAAGGCUCUUGGGCACUUGGAGAAAACUUUAGCAUUCUCUUUGCCCGAGUGCUUCAUGACCCCAAUAUCCCAGACGAGGCACGACUGCACUUGGUCCGCAUCAUGGCUGCUGCGGCCCUGAAGGACGACGUGAUACUCUUGCUGCACCAGGACCGUCGCGAUCACACAAUCAUGAACUACGCCAACAAGGUCGAGAGUCUUCCUCCAGAACACCAGGAGUCUCUCGCUCUCUUUUUCUGCAACAUGUUCGAGCACCUGAGUCCCUCGGAAUGGCUGCUCUACAUCAGCGAGUGGCAAGAUGGCGGCCAGCAAGCCAGUAACAUCCGCGUCACUACCAAGGUGGCGGUCAACGCUCUUCUUCAUUCCAAUGCUAAGGUGCAAGAAUAUGGAUCAGCCAUCAUGUACAACCUGGGAACGAAGGAGGUGAAGACUGUUGUGUUUGAUGAUGUUGCUCCAGAACUGGCUAUGGCAAUCCUUCAGUUCUUCAACAAUCAUCCUCCCGAGGAGCUCUUGUGGCGCACAAUGACUGCUCUCUGCAGAUUCUGUUAUUCUUCCACGGAGGUUCCGGCCCUUAUCAAAAUGAUCGGUCCUGAGCCGUCAGUGUUCCGGGGUGUAAGCGAGCGGGUGGACAGUGUUCUCGAGGAGAUUGAUGCUAAGCUCAGCCGGGUGCGGCUCUUCUAGACGGUUACAAAUCCGGUUUACCCAGUUUACAUUGUUGUACAUUGAUGUGUAUAUAAAUACCUAGAUACUUUGUCUUUUGUUAGGA